AUGUUUGGAUUCAGCCCUCUCCAAGAUCACAAGCAGCAGCAGCACUAUGGAAGUCAGUUCGACCGCGCACAGCAAGUCAACGAGCUGCUAGUCGCCCAGCCGCUGUGCAGAGCCAUCAACCCUGACAGGUCGCUGCUGGAGGUGGGGGUGCGACUGACGGAUGGCACUCUAACCUCGCUGCGCAUCAGCCUGCCGCCGGCCUUCCCUGGCGACCGCCCCGCGCUCUCCAUCACCUCCCCCGUUCGCCACCCUUGGGUCGACAGCAUCGGCCGCCUCUCCUUCCCGCUGCUCGACCGCUGGGGCGCGCCCAGCGUCCGCCUGGCGGCGGUGGUUGCAGACGCAUUCAAGGGGCUGGGCGGCGCCCCCGCGCCGCUGCCCUCGCACGGGCAGGCGCCCGCAGCAGGCGCCGCGGGGCGGCCGCAGCAGCAGCAGGCAGGGGCGGCGCCCCCGCCGUCCUUGCAGCAGCACGCAGCGGGUACUAGCAGCGAGGCGGGCGGCAGCGCGGUGGGGCACCUGCCGGCAGCGCCAGCCAUCCCCACCACUUUCCCCGAGGUGGAGGGCAUGAGCACGGAGCAGCUGAGCCACGCGCUGGCGGAUGGCGCCACCUACAAGCGGCUGGUGGACCAGAUUGCGCAUCGCCUGGGCCUCUUCCAGGGAGUGGAGAAGCUCAAGGCGGCCACCCUGGACCUUGCGGCGGCCAACCUAGCUUCGGGUGAGGAGCAGGGCGACAAGCGCAACCAGAUGGCCAUCAUCCGCUCCUCAGAGUAUGCGCCCGCCAAGGCGGCCUUUGACGACAAGUGGGCGCGGCAGCAGGCGGUGCUGUCCAAGCUGUCCCCGGAUGUGCUGAUGCGCAGGUGCGCGCUGCAGGAGGGCGUGAAGAUGGCGGAGGAGGAGGGGGAGCGGCUGGUGCAGCAGCUGGGCGCUGGGGAGGUGGUGGUGGAUGUGUUUGUGGAGCGGUACACCAAGGCGCAGGCCACAUACCACCAGCGUGACCUCAAGCUGCAGGCGGGGCAGCAAACGCUCCCGCAGCUAGGGGGCUGA